GCGCAUGCUCCGGACUGGCCGCCGCCUGGGCGCAAGCGCGCAUGCCCAGAGCCAUCCGCGCUGAGACGCGGGGCGCUCGGGGUGGGCAGCCCGCAAGCGCGUGCUUGUGGGGCGGGGCCGCCUACGCGCGUGCGCAGAAAGGCUCGCGCGGUCCAGCGGAGAGCUGAAGGGAGCGGUGCGGUGCGGAGCGCCGAGUUGAAUUUUCUAGAUGCAAGAGAAAUCAGAGUGGUGUGGAUAUUUACCUAAACUCACAGAAGCCGACCCCUGUGACGUUGUUGGACAGUCCUACCAUCCAGAUCAGAAAGGGUGUGUAGGAUGACCGACUGGUUGACAGAAAGCCCCCAAGGACAGGGCUGCAAGAUUUAGCUGCUGUUAGUUACUUCCUGGCAGCCUGGGACCUGCCUCCCAGGCACCUCAGGCACCAUGGACUCCCCAGGGUACAACUGCUUUGUGGACAGGGACAAGAUGGACGCAUCCAUCCAGGACCUGGGACCCAAGGAACUGAACUGUACCGAGCUACAGGAGUUGAAGCAACUGGCACGUCAGGGCUACUGGGCUCAGAGCCACGCCCUGAGGGGCAAAGUGUACCAGCGCCUGAUCCGGGACAUCCCCUGCCGCACAGUCACACCUGAUGCCAGCGUGUACAGUGAUAUCGUGGGCAAGAUUGUGGGCAAGCACAGCAGCAGUAGCUUGCCCUUACCUGAGUUUGUGGACAACACUCAGGUGCCCACCUACUGCCUGAACACGCGGGGCGAGGGGGCUGUGCGCAAGAUUCUCCUGUGUAUCGCCAAUCAGUUCCCCGACAUCUCCUUCUGCCCUGCCCUGCCUGCUGUGGUGGCCCUGCUGCUGCACUACAGCAUUGACGAGGCUGAGUGUUUUGAAAAGGCCUGCCGCAUCUUAGCCUGCAAUGACCCCAGCAAGAAGCUCAUUGACCAGAGUUUCCUGGCCUUUGAGUCCUCCUGCAUGACAUUUGGGGACCUGGUGAACAAGUAUUGCCAGGCAGCCCACAAACUGAUGGUGGCUGUGUCAGAGGAUGUCCUGCAGGUCUACUCUGACUGGCAGCGAUGGCUGUUUGGGGAGCUGCCCCUCAACUAUUUUGCGCGAGUUUUCGAUGUCUUCCUUGUAGAAGGUUACAAGGUACUGUACCGAGUCGCUCUGGCCAUCCUCAAGUUCUUCCACAAGGUGAGAGCAGGACAGCCCCUUGAGUCGGACAAUGUAAAGCAAGACAUCCGCAUAUUUGUCAAGGACAUUGCCAAGACAGUGUCUCCUGAGAAGCUACUGGAGAAGGCCUUUGCCAUCCGUCUGUUUUCCCGAAAGGAGAUCCAGCUCUUGCAAAUGGCCAAUGAGAAAGCACUGAAGCAGAAGGGCAUCACUGUCAAGCAGAAGAGUGUCUCACUUUCUAAAAGGCAGUUUGUGCACUUGGCUGUCCAUGCAGAAAACUUCCGCUCAGAGAUCGUCAGCGUGAAGGAGAUGAGAGACAUUUGGUCCUGGAUCCCCGAGCGUUUUGCCCUCUGCCAACCCCUCCUACUCUUCUCCUCGCUGCAGCAUGGGUACAGCUUAACCAGGUUCUAUUUCCAGUGUGAAGGACACGAGCCCACCCUCCUGCUCAUCAAGACCACGCAAAAGGAGGUUUGCGGCGCUUACUUGUCAACAGACUGGAGCGAGAGAAAUAAGUUUGGAGGCAAACUGAGCUUCUUUGGAACUGGAGAAUGUUUUGUUUUUAGGCUGCAGCCCGAGGUACAGCGUUACGAGUGGGUGGUCAUCAAGCACCCAGAGUUGACCAGGCCGACAUCCUUCAAGUCCUCAGAAGCCGCAGCUGCUCCUUCCUUCCUCAGCCACUCCGUCUCUUCCGACCCUGCUGACCGGCUCUCACCUUUCCUGGCUGCCCGGCACUUCAACCUGCCCUCCAAGACUGAGUCCAUGUUCAUGGCUGGGGGCAAUGACUGCCUCAUCAUUGGGGGAGGAGGUGGCCAAGCACUCUACAUUGACGGGGAUCUGAACCGAGGCCGCACUGGACACUGCGACACUUUCAACAACCAGCCUCUCUGCUCUGAGAACUUCCUCAUCUCAGCUGUGGAGGCUUGGGGCUUCCAAGACCCUGACACCCAGUGAUGGGUCUGUGCUGAUGAGCCACACUGUGGGGCGAUGGGGUGGAAGCUGCCUCUUGAGGGGGCAGGGAGUGAAUGACAUACCCCCCCCCCAUGAAGCAAGCAUGCUUGGUGUGCAGUGGAGAUGUCAGUGUUGCAAGCCAAGUCUGGCCUCGCCUUGGACUGGUUGCCCCUCUGCUUGGACUGGCUGGACUUGUUAGGCUAGGACCCCUGAACCCUCCUGCUUCUGAGCUCAAGAAGUUAUUAUGCUCCCAGCCCUGUCCAGUGUCUGUCAUCACCCAGGGUUCUGGCUCCGCUGCCUUGUACCCAGGAUUGCCCAGGGCUGCAUUGUAGGCAAAGGGCAAAUGGUUCUUGCCAAAUGUGGGUCUGUGGUGCCCCCUGCUGGCACUCUGGCCCUGCAGACUCUGAAGCUCCCCUGAGCUACCUUGGCUGCUGCAGGAAAGGCAGGAUUUGUGUGGAGCUUUGCAGCUCCUCCUGUCCUAGAAGGGAUGAGGGCUCUUUUGUCUUUGUUUCUGCAGAGCCUGAAGCUCUCACCACGCCUCACUGCAAAUCCACACCUGAAGGUGGCCUCUGGAGAGACUUGCUUUGACCAUGUUGGCCAUUUCAGCUCCAUUUCCAGGGUUCUCCUCAGAGAUAACUGGACUCAGUGAGGCUGUUUGCCCUCAUCCUGUCCACCCCUGUAGCCUCCUUGAACUUCUGUAAUCUUGGUGACUCCUGUGUUUCCUUUCCUUGUCACUGUAGUGACUGAGGCCCAGGGUCACCUGAACCCCAGCAUGGCAUGCUUGUCUCAGUCUGCCUUCUCAGGCCUGUGGUUCCCUAGACCUGUUCACAUAGCAUAGCAUCUGAUAAACCAGUGUGACCUUCUGAUCCCUCUGCUGUCACUAUGGCUACCCAUGUGCCAUGUUUUCUGCGUGCUGCCCCUUCUCCCAUUAUGGCCUUCCAAUCUCUGGAUGUCUGUGCUCCUUGAGCCCUGUGCUGGCCGGGAACACAGUAGAUGCCAAGGGAAGUGCCGCCUCUGAGGACUGCAGCAAGCUCCGUUUCCCUGUGAGCUCCCUCAGCUGGUCCUGAGGGUCUGGGCAUACAGAGGAAGACAGAAGAAGCAGUGGCCCAAAUGGCUGUGCUGUGGCCACAGAAGUCUGAAUCAUAAGAACAGUUGCCUGGCUCCCCCAUGCUGAGUGUGGCAUGCCUCGGUCAGCAUGCUUGACACCAGUGCAUGUGUCCACACUGAUACUCACUUUCCUGUGGGAGGGUCACCCUUCCCUGUCCAUCCGUUCACACCAGCCCUCAGCAGGCCACAGUGGCACAAGAGGCAGGGCAGGAAGGAGCCCCCUGAAACUUUGGGCUACCUGGUAAACCCGAGGAGAACUUUGGACUCUGCACAGUGGAUCAGUUCUCCUACCAUGUUGGCUUCUAGGACAAGUCGACAUGACUCCCUAGAGGGAAGAGGUACUGGGAGGAACUGUUGUUACUCACCUCCAGAGUGUUGUAGCCCUUGCCACCCAUUCCUCUGAGCCCACUGUCCCAGGCCUGUACCUCCAACUUUGGUGUUCAUUUAAAACCGUCUUGAUUUC